GCCCUGGAGGUGGGGGCCUGCAACGCGCUCCUGCUGAAGGUGAACCAGAUCGGGUCCAUCACGGAGGCCAUCGAGGCGGCCAACAUGUCCAUGGACGCCGGCUGGGGCGUCAUGGUCUCCCACCGCUCGGGCGAAACGGAGGACUCCUUCAUCGCCGACUUGGUGGUGGGCUUGCGCACGGGGCAGAUCAAGACGGGGGCCCCUUGCCGCUCGGAACGCCUCGCCAAGUACAACCAGCUGAUUCGCAUCGAGGAGGAGCUCGGCCCUUUGUGCA